AUGGAGGCAUUGCUAGAGGAUGAAAGGAAGUGUAGAAUAGCAAAUGACUACGACGGACUGCAGAAGGUAUUUGGUAGAAUGAUGGAGAUGUGCACAACGGAUGAAGAGUUGGCUGGUGUUGUAAGGAUGCUGAGCAUGAAGCGAGGGCAGAACAAGAUGGCAAUGAAGUGGAUGAUUGGAGAGUUGUUCAACAAGAAGAAGGGCGAGGAGGGAUUUAUCAGGUUUUUCAGCUUGCUUUUGAAGGAUGUGAUUGAGGGGAAGAUAUUCAUGGAAGAGGAGCGGAUAUACAUUACUGAGGAUCUGAGAAGAAGAUAUGAAGCAAGCGAUGACACGGAAAAUGCACUUGGUGUGGUGAUAAAUGUGCCAGUGGAGACAUUUACGAUGGUAAAUGAGUCUGUGGUUAUCAACUACCAGCUUGAGCAGCUAAGGCUGUGCAUACAAAACAUGGACUGGAUAAGAGCAGACAUCACAAUGAAGAAGAUUAGGAAGAAAUAUUUUGAUACGAAUGCUGAGGCAAUUGCUGAGAAGGUAAAGUUCCAUGAGCUGAGUGUGCUUCUGCAUCUAGGGCAAAGAAAGUAUUUUGAUGCAUCGUGUAUCUAUUAUGCUCUGAGUGAGCUUGGGGCGGAUGCAUGCAGAUAUGUUGUGCUAAGCUCGUUUUUCGGCAUUCUUACGGCAUGCGAGAGUGAGCUGGAGGAUGUUGCAUCCAAGAAGAGGGAGAUGCUAGCCAAGCUUGUUGAAGACAAAAACAAUAGUGAAGCAUCAAGGAAAGUUGUUGGGAUGUUUUUGGCCGAUAUGGUGAUAGACAAGUCUGCCAUAAAUGAGGUUCGGGAUGUUUUUUGCGAGGCCGUCAACACAUCUGCAUAUUUGAAUGAAAUUGUUUCUAGCAUUGACGAGCAUAACUUCAGAGUGGUUGCAAAGUUCCACUCGUCAGUAAGCAUCCAAGACAUGGCAAUUAUAAUGCAGACGUCUGAAGACGAUGUUAUAAGGAGAAUAUCGUUCAUGGUGAACAAUCGGUUUGUAAAUGCCAAGAUCGACCAGAAGACCGGAAUGGUGGACUUUGGAGGCAGAAAGUGGAACAAUGAUGUGGGAAGUGUAUUGGACAAGCUAAUCAGAUGCAAUCAUCUCAUACAUAAGGAGCGGUUACAGGCAUCGAUUAAAGAAGAUUAG